AUGCCGGAUGGACUCCAGAACCACGUCGCUUUUGGACGAACGCGCAUAACCCAGAUGUUCACCGCAUGUCUGGCCGUGCAGGUCCAAAGAAGAACAGAAGUGGUAUUAUGGCAGCAGGCCGCCCAAAUGUCGGCGAUCCCGCAGCCAGGCGGCCAGAUAGGGCGACCGAUCAAAGCAUGUCCAGAGAGAGCCGCUGCGAACGGCGACCAGGGUAACACGGCAGCCUUCAUUGCCCAGCUCGCCAGCUGA